AUGGUCCUUGUACUAGCGUCUAACUCACAGAGAGAACGCAGUAACCAGCGCAGGUCGUUCUGUGAGCGAGACACGUCGAAGAGAGGAGAUACACUUCCAAUGAGGUAGCCUGACGUAUCAAGUAGAGCCCUCGAGUUUUGCGUGACAUUUCGAACAAGUUGGAAAAACAUCAACGGUUUCUAAAGGGUACAACAGUCCUCUCAGCCCAUCCCUGUAGCCGCAGGACCAUGUGCCAGUGAUGACUAGCUGUUGUAUUCCAGAGGCCGACCUUGGCAGUUAGAGGAGAGGCUCCGCCCCAUCACCAUGAUGGCAGCGUUGCCGCGGUACGCCACCCCCAUGUCUGUGCCUGGCAUGUUGCUCCUCCCCCUGCUCCUGCUGCCCCUACCCAUCUCGCUGUCCCAGAAACCCCUGCUCCUCUCCCCACCCGACCCCACCGCCGCCCCCCUGUACCUUUCCCGGCCGGAGUGCACCCGGAGAGAGCACCCUGUGGUCACCUUCCAAGCCCUGAGUCCUUGGAUCUCUAUUUUCUCCCACCCGGGCGUGAGAGACUACUCUCAACUGACCCUUGAUCUGACCAGGAAUGAGCUGAUAGUGGGUGCAAGAAACUUCCUCUUCAGAUUGAGUCUCAACAACGUGUCUCUCAUCCAGGCAACAGAAUGGAUUCCAGAUGACGACACCAGGAGGUCCUGUCAGAGCAAAGGGAAGACCGAGGUAGAGUGUCAGAACUACCUCCGUGUGCUACUGGUCAAUAAGACUGAGGUCAUCACCUGUGGAACCAACGCCUUCCAGCCCCUCUGUAUCACCCGGGAGGUGGGGAACAUGUCCAGUGUGUUGGAUCGUGUGAACGGCGUGGCACGGUGCCCGUAUGACCCUCGCCAUAACUCCACGGCGGUGGUAACGGAGAGUGGUGAGCUGUUCGCCGCCACUGUCAUAGACUUUUCGGGUCGCGACCCCGUUAUCUACCGGAGCCUAGGAGGCAUGCCACCCCUCCGGACUGCCCAGUACAACUCCAAGUGGCUCAACGAACCCCAUUUCAUCUCAGCGUACGAUGUGGGUCUCUUCACCUUUUUCUUUCUGCGUGAGAACGCCGUGGAACACGACUGUGGGAAGACUGUCUACUCACGGGUGGCCCGAGUCUGUAAGAACGACAUCGGGGGACGGUUCCUACUGGAGGACACCUGGACCACCUUCAUGAAGGCCAGGCUGAACUGCUCGCGCUCAGGAGAGAUCCCCUUCUACUAUAACGAGCUGCAGAGCACCUUCUAUCUGCCUGAACAAGACCUCAUCUAUGGGAUAUUCACCACCAACGUGAACAGUAUAGCAGCAUCUGCAGUGUGUGCAUUUAACCUUAGCUCCAUCACCCAGGCCUUCAACGGGCCCUUCCGUUCCCAGGAGAACCCCCGCUCUACCUGGCUGCCCACCCCAAACCCCAUCCCCAACUUCCAGUGUGGAACCAUAGAUGACGACGGCGGUCCUAACGAUGGUCUGACGGAGCGCAGCCUCCAGGACGCCCAGCGGCUGUACCUUAUGAACGACGUGGUGCAGCCCGUCUCUGUGGACCCCUUGGUCAUGCAGGACGAUGUGCGCUUCUCCAGGCUGGUAGUGGACAUCGUACAGGGUCACGACACCCUCUACCACGUCAUGUACAUCGGCACAGAAUACGGCACCAUCCUGAAGGCCCUGGCCACCACCAAUAAGAGCCUUCAGGGGUGUUACCUGGAGGAGAUCCAGCUCCUCCCCCCUGGGGUGCGGGAGCCAAUCCUGAACCUGCAGAUCCUUCAUAGUGAUAGGUCACUGUUUGUAGGACUCAACAACAGAGUUCUGAAGAUUCCAUUGGAGAGAUGCUCCAACUACAAGACUGAGACGCUAUGCCUGGAGGCACGGGACCCCUACUGUGGCUGGGACAGAAAACAGAGACGCUGCACCACUCUAGAGGACAGCUCCAACAUGAGCCAGUGGAGUCAGAACAUCACUGUGUGUCCGCUGAGGAACCAGACCACCAAUGGCGGCUUUGGACCCUGGACGACGUGGCAAACAUGCAGCAAUGACGAUGGCGACGGCACCAGCUCCUGUCUGUGUCGCUCCAGGGCGUGUGACAAUCCCUCUGCUCGCUGUGGUGGGAGGAACUGUGAGGGGUCCACCAUCGAAGUCUCCAACUGCUCGAGAAACGGAGGAUGGACACCAUGGUCGUCAUGGGGACAGUGCAGCACCACCUGUGGAACAGGGUUUGAGAUGCGCCAGCGCUCCUGCAACAACCCCUCGCCCCAACAUGGGGGACGUGUGUGUGUGGGCCCGGUCAGGGACGAGAGGUUCUGUAACGAGGGUGUGUCGUGUCCCCAGCCUAUCUUCUGGUCCCUAUGGGGUGGCUGGGCUAAGUGCAGUGCAGAGUGUGGAGGAGGGGUCCACUCCAGGGUCAGAAGCUGUGAGAACGGGAACAGCUGCCCAGGCUGCGCAUUGGAAUACAAGGCGUGUAACCUGGAGGCGUGUCCCGAGGUGAAGAGGAACACCCCUUGGACCCCGUGGAUGCCUGUCAACGUGACGCUGGGCGGAGCACGCCAAGAGCAGAGGAUGCGCUACAUGUGCCGCGCCCAGCUGGCAGACCCCCACGAGCUGCAGAUUGGACGACGCAAAGUAGAGACCCGCUUCUGCCCCAACGACGGCAUGGCCACCUGCGAGACUGACACUCUGGUGGAGGACCUCUUGAGGACCCCUGUGGUACGAGUGGCGGGCUCCGGCUGGUCGUCAUGGGAGACGUGGUCCGCCUGCUCCCAGGACUGUGCCAAAGGGUACCGUACCCGCAAGCGUACCUGUGCCACGCCAGAGGGCAAGGUUGCCCCCCCAGCCUGCAGGGGUUCGCCCGUAGAGUACCAAGACUGCAACUCUCAGGCCUGCCCAGUGAGUGGAGCCUGGUCCUGUUGGUCGUCGUGGUCUCAGUGUUCGGUACCCUGUGGUGGAGGGCACUAUCAGCGUACCCGAUCCUGUAACAAUCCCAGCCCUGUCAACGGAGGAGAUAUCUGUAUUGGCCUACACACUGAGGAAGCGCUGUGCAACACACACACAUGUGACGACUGGUGUGGGGAGAUCAGAGAGCACGAGGAGCAGCUUCGGCAGCCUGGGACUGAAAGGCUGACUGAUAGGAGAGGUGGCUGGAUGGCCUGGUCUCUGUGGUCAGCAUGUGAUGAUGUAGGGCUGCAGGUACGCAGCCGGGUCUGUGGGGCUCAAGGCUCCGCCCCCUGUGUGGGAAACAGCACUGAGCACAGGGACUGCAACGAGAUUCCAGUGAUUCUCCCUGCGUCUGGCUUUGAUAAGGACCAGCAAUGCAGAGCAUUCACCUCUCUGCACCUGAUAGCCACAGGCGUGUCCUGUUUCCUGGGGGCGGGCCUUCUGUCCUUCCUGGUCUAUGUGUACUGCCAGCGCUUCCACAAGCCCUCGCAGGAGUCUGCCGUCAUACACCCAACCACACCCAACCACCUCAACUACAAAGGCAACACCACACCAAAGAACGAGAAGUACACGCCCAUGGAGUUCAAGGUAUUGUCACAGACUCUGAACAAGAACAACCUGCUCCCAGACGAGAGGUCUAACUUCUACCCAACGCCCCUGCAGCAAACUAAUGUUUACACUACCACCUACUACCCCACAGCGCUGAGCAAAUAUGACUACAACAGGCCUGACUCCUCCCCUUCCCCUUGCAGGACCUAUAACCACAGCUGAGACACACACCCCAAGGACCCCAGCCCCACCUACCUACCCACCCAGACUGAACUGAACUCCACCCCCAUCGCCAUGGUGACAAAUGCCAUGGUGACUGAACACAACCUAAGACCUGGAUCUGGAUCUCAUUUUUGCUCUCCUUUCCUUUAUCCCAUGGUAUCGCCCAAAUGGUGGGGUGUGUGUGUGUAAGGGUGUACCUGGAACGUACUAUCAGCACUCUGUAGGGGUGGAUACAGUAUGGAUGCUGAUGCCUCCCCUAGACUCACUAAGUAGAGCCAGGAACCUGAUCAUGAUACUGGACAUCACAGUGUCAACAUAGUGCUUUGAUGGAGAGCUGAAUGAGGAACUCCAUAAGACACUAUAAGCUACAGUUUGGAGUUGGACAACAACUUAUCCCUGUGGAACUUGACAACCUGAGCGCCUUACUGUAGGUGUUGUGUUGCUAUUCAGAGAGGCUCGAGAUACUCAAAAUGGUCGCAUCUUCUCCUCUCUGGUCUGUCUGAUCACCUCUAUGAAUGAGUCUCUAUGACACCAACAUCCCCUCUGUCUGCAGCAUUUAUCCCCAUUAUAAACUCCGAAUUCUCCCAACAACAAAUGCAGUUACCGAGAACAACCCAACCGGCGCAUAUCCUGGUGUCUGUCCUUGCUUCAGUGCUGGGGAACCAAAAAAAAAACUAAAUUAAUUCAAGAGAUCAGGAGGUCAAUAUCAGUUCUAUUGUGUUUGGAGGUGGAUGGAUGAAUGCACUCAGCUCACCUCAUCACAUGACAUGAGGACAAGAACCUGGGACAUCAGCUCUGCCAUGUUUUGGGUGGUACUAGAGGACCAGGGGAACAGAGGCACAUCCAUGGAUGGCAGCGUGUGAUCGGUUAUGGAAAAACACUACCUAUAUUGGUCCACACAGAUACAGACAUACUCAUUGCUGGAUAGACUCUAGUUUUAAUCUGCUUAUGUCCAAACAAGGCCCCACACUUCAGGCUGCCUAGCUGUGUUAUGUAAUGUAUAGGUAGGCUUCCCAGGGAACGAUCUGAACAUGGGAUAGAGAGCUGAGGUGUCUGCUGAGAGAGUUGGAAUCAGUUGAUGGGAUACAGUUGAUACAGCUUUGGUUGCCCCGGGUGCCUGUCUGUAUGCAACAGAGGGGAUAAUGUGGGGUCAGAUGCUAUAAAGACUUCUAGAAGGGAAUUCCCUUGUUUCUAGAAGGGAAUGGAUGCAUUCUACUGAGUACUGUACCUACCUACUACCGCUCAGUGUGCAAAACUGGACUGCAACCGCAUUUUGAUAUGAUAUCAUACAAGCUAGGAUCAUACAAGCUAAGGUUUUUUUUUUAUGCGGGUGGUUAUUUGUUUAAUGCUAGAGAGAGAGAACAGUAGUAUAGGAGGAAAAGUUUUAUUUUACAAAUAAUAGCUGAUUCACUUUCUAAUUUCUCAUCAGUUUCACAUCAGAAAGUACAUUAUUUUUACAUUUUUCAAAGCAGCUUAGUAGCCAAUAUUUAUCUGACAAAUUUUACAAAUAAGAACAAAAAAAUAAAACACAGAUUUAUGUAGAAGCAAAUAUAAGUGACUGUAGCAAAUAUUAAUGGAUCCCUCUCUUAACAUUGCUAAAUCAUGCUUAGAAAUACUUUGGUAUGAGAUUAAUGUUUUGCUUGUGUGUGUAUGUUUGCUUGCUUCGUAUGUGUAUGCCUGUGAGCUUGAAUGAGGAGAGGAACAGACAACUCUGUAUGUAUUUUGUACAAUGUAAAUGUAAUGAUUUAUUACAUAUGACUGUAUAUGACGGGAUCUUUAAAGGACUAUGUGCAUUUUUUCACACAUUAUGAUGAUGGCACUGCUGAUGUUCCGCUGGGUUUCUGUGUGUUCCACGUAUAAGAUGUUAAUCAUUGUAAGUUAAGGUGAGCUGCGCGGUUCUCAUGGGGAGGCUUGGAUCAUAAAGGAAUUUGAGAAACACAACUGAGCUAUAUUUUCUUAUUAUGCCUGAUGUUAUGCUAAUUCAGCAGCGAUGCUUCUAGUUCCUCUCAUAGAAAUAGAAGGAUUUUAUUCUAUCAUUUUAAUUCUAUAGUUCCGCUAUAUGCACGAGAGCUCUAUCUGUACAUAAGAGACAGCCUUCGAUCUGCAGACCAUUAAUGACAUCUAAAGGUUAGUAUAAUGUAAAUGUAUGUUAUUGUAUAGCUAACACUGUUUUUUGUUUUGUUUGUUUUGUUUGAAGCCUUAUAGUUGUAAAAAAGUGCAGCAGCUAUGUACACACCAACCAUGGGGUUUGUAAGGGGAUAGAGCUUGUCAAUGUGACUGGUUGACUAUAGCCUAGACAUCUUUUCCCAGGGAUGUAUUCAUUCCACCGAUUCUGUUGCAAAAUGUUUCGCAAACGGAAUGAAACGAAGAGGGACAUACAUGAAUUUGUCCAAUAAAAACUCUUGUUUUGCUCUUUUUGCUUCCGUUUGGGUCUUAAACGGUUUCCGUAAUGAAUACACAACAGCUGUUUUGUUACUUUGUGCAGAUGUACAGUUUGGCUACAUCUUGUGUAGUAUCUUAGAGUAACAAAGAUAGCCUGUAUUUUCAGAGGCACUCCUGCCAGUUUAAUACAGAAUCAAUGUCACCACCACAAUAAAAAAUGUAUAAUUAAAAGCCCUACCUUAAUAAAACAUGUAAAACAAGAACGUGAUACAGCAAAUGUACAACAAAGAGUCAUGUACAGUAUUAUCAUAGUCCAUUAUCUAGCUCAAAUAGAUGUAAUUCUGCUGUUUAGAGCACUUAAAGUAACACUUCCAUCCUGUGGUUUUUCUUUUCCCCACAUGCCUCACCCACGUUUCUUGGGUUUGUAAUUGGCUCCCCCUAAAUGGUGACUCCCUCUAGUUUGCUUCCCCUGGCCCUGUAGUCACUUUUGAUUGGACAAACUGGAUGUCACAUUGUGGAGCUCUUUCCCCUGAUUGGCUCGGUGCCCUUCUAUGCAACUGACCUGGUGGUACUGUUAGAUAUGUGACGUAGACUGUAAUCACUGCCUUUUAGACACUGUGAAUUUUUUGGUACUCUAUAUUUUUGUAUAUUGUACAUUAUAAAGGAUAAUAAACCUUGAUGCCAACA